GCUUCGCCGCAAGUAAACCCUGGUCUGAAAUGUUUCUGCAUCACAUGUGUGAAUAAAAAUUAUACUUGUGAAACAGAUGGUAUUUGCCUGGCUUCUGCCACACUUACUGGUGAAAUAGUACAACAGUGGAAGACCUGUGUGCAUCGCCGGGAAAUGAUUCCACCAGGGAAACCCUUUGUCUGUGCCAAUUCAAAACGUGUGUCCAGGGCGUUUUGCUGUGAUACUGACUUUUGUAACAGUAUUGAUAUACAGCUGCCAUUAUUCAAAGGAAAGGUUGAUAGCUGGGGACCCAUGGAGUUGGCAGUUGUAAUAACUGCACCUGUUGGUUUCUUAUGCUUGGCUCUGUUGGUAGCUGUUGUCUACAAAAGGCAUGCACUGUGUGCCUAUGUGAAAGCAAGGAGGCAUGAUGAUGGGGACUCUGUUUGUAGCUAUAUUACAGUAAGAACAACGCUGAAGGAUCUUAUCACAGAAACGACUACACCAUCAGGCUCUGGCUUGCCACUUCUUGUCCAAAGGACUAUAGCCAGAACAAUUGUUCUUCAUGAAAUUGUGGGAAAAGGACGUUACGGAGAAGUGUGGCAUGGAAAGUGGAAUGGCGAUGACGUAGCUGUAAAAAUUUUCCCCUCACGCGAAGAGAGAUCCUGGUUCAGAGAAACAGAAAUAUACCAAACUAUCAUGCUUCGACAUGAAAAUAUCCUGGGUUUCAUUGCUGCUGACAAUAAAGAUGAUGGCAUGUGGACUCAGCUUUGGCUUGUGUCAGAUUACCAUGAGAAUGGUUCACUGUUUGACUACUUAAACAGAUACACUGUGACAGUAGAUGGUAUGAUGCAAUUUGCCAUCUCUAUUGUAAAUGGACUAGCACAUCUCCAUAUGGAAAUAGUUGGCACACAAGGUAAACCUGCUAUUGCUCACCGUGACCUCAAAUCCAAAAAUAUUCUUGUGAAAAAGAAUGGAACAUGUGCCAUUGCUGAUUUCGGCUUGGCAGUGCGGCAUGAUUCAGCGACAGAUACCAUUGAUAUAUCACCUAAUUGCAGAGCGGGAACAAAGAGGUAUAUGGCACCGGAAAUUAUUGAUGAUACUAUCGAUAAGAGGCAUUUUGGAUCAUUCAAAUGUGUAGACAUAUAUGCCUUGGGUCUGGUUUAUUGGGAGAUAGCACACAGAUGCUCUGCUGCAGGUUUCCAUGAUGACUAUCAUUUGCCUUAUUAUGAUCUUGUUCCUUUGGAUCCCUCCAUUGAAGAUAUGAAAAAAGUAGUCUGUGAUCAAAAACUUAGACCAACUAUUCUAAAUCAAUGGCAAAGCUCCCAGGCUCUACAGAAGAUGGGUAAAAUUAUGCAGGAAUGUUGGUGUGUCAAUGGAGCAGCACGACUGACAGCACUUCGCAUCAAGAAAACCCUUUCCAAACUAAGUGUGCAAGAGGAAUUA